AUGGAAGAAGUGGACAUAAAUUUAUCAGAUCUUACCUGGGCGGAUUUCAUAAAAAAUCGAGCUCCAUACAACAUUACUAGCUCGAAUACAAAUAGACGUAUCGAGUUUCUCAACCAUGCAUUGUUGCCGCGUAUAAAAGCUGGAGGCCUUUCUGUAAAUACAAUUGGAGGCUUGCUUCACCUUGUGCUAUUAACGUACCCACGAUAUAGUGACCGAAAAUCUCGGCUCGCCUUGAUAAAUGUAUUAAAAGAAUUGUACAAUUGGAAUUCAAGCUUAUUCCUAGAAUAUUUUGUUCCGUCACUGGUCAAAGAAACCGAGAUGCUGAAUAAAAAGAGUCCAGACGGCAAAUACUCGACUUCUUCAGCUAAUCGAUUUGUCCUUCUUACGUGGGUCAACUCUCUGAUUAAUUUUGUAUCUGCGGACACGCUUGAAUUAUCGUCAGAGUUAUUGGAACGCUGGACGAGUUUGAUAGACUUGCAAGCUGUUUUGCUCGACUCGAUUGUUAACGACAAAGAAAUUCGAAAAAGUAUAACGCAUGGUGCUUUGGUAGAUGUCAGGAAAUGUGUUCGAAAGAAUCCUACAAAAAUUCCAUCAAUAAUAUCUCAUUUGACACAACCUUCAAAGACGAACAAUCCUCCACUUCGUAAUGCUGUUCUUUUGGGAACUGUUAUUGAUAGUGCGUUACGACUCAGAAAAGAGAACGGCAAAGCUUUUAUCUUGAACGUUAAGGACAAUAUUACACAGUUUUAUUUGACUCAGAUUGUAUCAUCUAAGGCUGCUAUACCUGAAAAGACUGCGGAUGCCCUUCAUGAUUUUAUUAGAACGGUCAUCACUGAACAACAUUUUAUAACGAAGUUUCUUCCUGUUUUCGAAAAAAUGCUUUUGAGAGCACCAGAAAUUGUCUUGAAUGUUUUAAAAUAUAAUGUUAAGGCGCUGUCAUUUGACACAUCAACUAUUUUCAAAAACAAUUUUCUUCAGCCUUUACUGGGUUAUGUGGGAUCAACCAACAAAUCAGUUCAAACUGGUGCUAUUGAUGUGCUGAAUGUUUUGCUAGAGAAAAGUCAAAAGCCUGAUGUCGUCGUUGAUAUAAUUAAAGAAACUAUCAAGACGUUGAAUGGAGGCAAAGUGACAAAUCCAGAACAUCGUGGAUUUCUAAUUCAGACACUGGGUCGCGUUCGUCAAUCUCCGAUUACUUCAAAAAACGUGAUCGAAGGACUUUUGCCAAUAAUAGCUAAAGAAAUGAAUGAACAAUCUCUUUCGCGAGCUAUUGCUACACUUAAAAUACACGUUAGCUUAUUGCUCCGAAUAGGAACAGACGAAGAUACUAUAAAUAAGAUUACACAAGCGACCAUCAAGGGUUUGACUAGUAACAAAGUUGCAGUAAGGAAAGCUUGGGCCAUCAUGAUUGGAAGUGUUAUAUGGGAAGAUAAUAUCACUGUCAAUGAACCUUCUAGUGCGCUUCUGGAUAUCACGAAAAAAUCACUUUCGUCUCUUUUGACGACACUGGAUAAUAUUCAAGCUAAUCCAUUGAAUUUUCCUGGAGGACCUCUUGAAGGGUAUAUUGUGGUGGCCAUUGCGGAAGGCAGAGCAAGGAGGUGGAAAAAUGAAGAAAUUGAUAGCUUGAUCCGUGCAAAGAAAUUACCGCAAUCUAUAUUCACAGUUACACCAAAACCAUCAUUUUGGCUUUGGGACAAGGUGUAUUCGAAACUAUCUAGUUACGAAGAAGGAUUGUGGUUUGUUCGAUCUCUGGAAGGCGUCCUUUUGGAAGAAGAUGACGGCGUGUUUGAAAAAAAGGAAACAAAAAAUGUUUUUGCAACAGCAUACAUUUACCUGAUUUCCUCAACAAAUGAACAUCAAACGCGUCGUGUCAGUUUUGAAAGUCUUGCUAGAUGUAAUCAAAUAAAACCCAUACUUGUAAAUAGUAUAAUAAGAGAGGGAUUAACCCGAUGGUUAUUAAAUCUUGAAAAAAAUACCAAAGAUUCUACUGCAGUGUUAGCUACGAAUGCCAUCCAACCAGAUGAAAAUCCGAACACUGCUUAUCGUUUAUCAAGAAUCCUCACCGCGAUCACGACGUUUUCAAAGAGUACCGAGAUUAAUGUUAUCGAAACAUCUUUAAUUGAAAUUGUGCUGUUGGCUCAUCAUCGUUCUAUUGUGUCACCUAGUGAUAAAUAUAAUUGGAUCAGUUUAGUUCAAAGGGCGGGUCUCAAUCCUGGAAAACUUAUAAAAGCACAUCACAGUCGAUUAAAAGAAAUAAUUACGGAAAAGAUCGAUACUGAGAAUGAAGCUGCCAUGUCAACGAUUUCUACACUUUCUUUCAUAUCGCCUGACACGUUUAUUCCUUUGUUCCUCGCUCAAUGUCAUAAUGAUUUGGACUCUUCGCUUAUGACAAAUAUCGGAGAACAAGAAAUUAAAAUUUGGAAAACUCCAGAAGGGACUCUCUUUGUUGACGUAUUGAAGCGUAAUAAGAAAAAUGUGGCGGAGAACCGCAAUCGAAAGGAUUAUCAAACUGAAAAAUGGGAACGUGAAGUUCGCGAAGAAAUUGCCAAGAAAAAAGGUGCAACCAAAGCAGCAAAUGCUCCGAAGCUAUCCAAAGAUGAACAAGCUGCUGUUAAUGCGCAACUGGCAAAGGAAUCAAAAAUACGAAAGCAAGUACAAGAGGUCCACUUCAGAUAUAUUCGAGGAUUAGAUAUCAUUAAAGCCAUGAUAAAAGGAAACGCCGAGAACUUAAAAGAUUAUGUUGCUGAAUUGAUGCGAUUAUUGACUUUUGUUGUAAAGAACGGUAGGGUUCUGGUGGGAGAUAAGGCAAUCGAAACUUAUUUACAGCUUGGGCUUUGUACCACGGAAAAUCUUUCUUCGAUUCGAGUACAAAUUGGAGUAGCAACUCUACGAGCUAUGGAGAUUAGUGAAAUCCCAGAACAUUGGCUCGAAGAACCAUUGGGACAUCUUGUUACGCGAGUACUUUACGGCCUCCGAAUUGUGACUGAACGUAAUCCAUUGCCGGCCGCUUCGUUCUCUUAUUGCUUCUCUCUUAUUUACCAAGUCAUUCAUAAAGGAGGAUUCUUAAAUUUAGAUAAUCUUGAGAAAGACACGGAUUUAUCAUUGGAGCAAGUUGCGUUCAGUUUAGAUAUAAUUUCAUUCCAUUCGGUUAUUGGAUAUUCACCAUUAAUUCCACGUAGUGAAAUGAUUGAAUGUUUAAUGCACAUAAUAAAAGAAUAUCCUAAACUGACAAAAACUGCUAAGUCCGCUUUAGUAGACUUGUGCCAAUCAAUGGGCGAUACUGCAAAAAAACGUGAAAUUGAUACUUUAUUGGCUGGAUUACUUUAUCCGCAAUCUUUGGUUCGUAAUGCAUGUUUACAGGGACUUGAAUUUUUAGAUUUAACAGAUUUCGAUUUUUCUCGAGAGUUAUGGGUGUCUUGUUUUGAUGAAGAUGAGAGUAAUGCUAAACUCGCGAACGCGCUUUGGGAAGAUAAUGGAAUGGAUGUCGAACCAAAUUAUGCACUUGAAUUACUACCUCUUCUGAUACAUAAUGAGAGCUUUGUACGAGUGGCCUGCUCAAAGGCAAUUGGCAGUGCUGUAGAAUAUUUUCCCUCUACUAUUUCUGAUACUUUAAAUUUAGUAUACGACCUUUAUAAGGAGAAGGCUCAACAAAUAGGUCCACAAUACAAUGAAUUUGGCAUGAUUAUUCCUGAAUCUUUGAAUGUUAAAGAUCCUUGGGAAGCACGUGCAGGAUUGGCGCUUACUCUAAGUACCCUUGCGCCUUCUUUUACUCCUUCUGAAUUAAUACCUUUUUAUGAAUUUCUGAUUGUCGAGAAGGCUGUGGGUGAUAUUAAUGCUGAUGCUGGACUAGCAGUUAUUAAUGCACAUGGUGCAGCGAAUGUAACUGUACUAAUGUCAAUUUUUCAAAAAUAUCUCGACACACCUGCUGCUCCCUCAGAAACGCAUGAUCGCAUUCGUGAAUCUGUGGUUAUUUGGUUUGGUGCUUUAGCACGUCAUUUAGACACGAACGAUACUAGAAUACCUAUAGUAAUUGAUAAGCUUCUCGAAACACUUAAAACACCAUCCGAAGUUGUACAAACAGCUGUUGCAGAUUGCUUGCCACCCCUAAUAAAAACAAUGAAAGAUUCCUCGCCGAAUCUGAUUUCCGGCUUAUUGAAUCAAUUAUUUGGUUCAGAAAAGUACGCGGAGAGAAAGGGAGCAGCUUUUGGAUUGGCUGGUAUUAUUAAGGGUACUGGUAUAUCUGCAUUGAAAGAUUGUAAUAUCAUGACUUCAUUGAAAGAAAACAUUGGGAACAAGAAAGAUUAUAAGUGCCGCCAAGGAGCUCUGUUUGCCUUUGAAGCUUUAUCACAGUCUUUAGGUCGACUUUUUGAGCCUUAUAUAAUUCAAAUUUUGCCAUUACUCUUGACUUGCUUUGGCGAUUCACAUCCGGAUGUGCGAGAAGCAACAUCGGAUACUGCCAGAGUUAUAAUGAGCAAAAUUAGUGGACAUUGUGUCAAACUAAUCCUUCCGUCGUUACUUGCUGGCUUAGAAGAUCGCCAAUGGCGCACAAAAAAAGGAUCCGUAGAAUUAUUGGGUUCAAUGGCUUUUUGUGCGCCUAAACAAUUAUCGAUUUCUUUACCUACAAUUGUUCCCCGAUUGACAGAAGUUCUCAUGGAUUCUCAUACGCAAGUUCAAGCCGCCGCUAAUGAAGCUCUCUUGCGUUUUGGCGAAGUUAUUAGCAAUCCUGAAGUUCAAGAACUUGUACCAACAUUAUUGCAUGCAUUAAGUGAUCCGGACAAGAAUACUAAUGCAGCAUUAAAUGCUUUAUUGGAAACAGCCUUUGUUCAUUACAUUGAUGCACCGUCCUUAGCAUUGGUCAUGCCAAUAUUGGAACGGGGUUUGAAAGAAAGAAGUACUGACGUUAAGAAAAAAUCAUCACAAAUUGUGGGUAACAUGGCUUCAUUAACAGACGUCAAAGAUCUGGUACCAUAUUUGCCAAAAUUGUUACCAGGACUCAAAGAAGUUUUAGUCGAUCCUGUGCCAGAAGCGCGAGCUACAGCUGCAAAAGCUUUAGGAACCCUAGUCGAAAAAUUGGGCGAGGAUAAAUUCCCAAGCCUGGUCUCCGAAUUGACAAAUACUCUUAAAUCUGAUACUAGUGGUGUUGAUCGACAAGGCGCUGCUCAAGGUCUUAGUGAAGUAUUAGCCGGCUUGGGCCUAGAACGUCUAGAAGGAUUAUUACCAGAAAUAUUAAACAAUACCGAGAGCUCAAAGUCAUAUGUUCGCGAAGGAUUUAUUUCUUUACUUAUUUACCUUCCGGCCACUUUUGGUCUUCGAUUCCAACCUUAUCUUGGACGAAUUAUCCCACCAAUAUUGGCUGGUCUUGCAGAUGACUCUGAAUAUGUCCGUGAAGCUUCAUUACGUGCUGGACAAAUGAUUGUUGUUAAUUAUGCUACCAAGGCUGUAGAUUUAUUACUUCCUGAAUUAGAAAGAGGCUUAUUUGAUGAUAAUUGGCGAAUACGUCACAGUUCAGUUCAACUGAUGGGUGAUUUGCUAUACCGAAUUACUGGAAUCAGUGGAAAAACUCCUCUUGAGGGUGAUGAAGAUGAAACAGUUGGUGAAACAGGUAGUACAGAAGCUGGUAGAAAGGCAUUGCUUCAGAUUCUUGGAAAAGAAAGAAGAGAUCGUAUCUUGGCUUCCUUGUAUAUUAUCAGACAAGAUGGAGUUGUCCGUCAAGCUUCGAUGCAUGUUUGGAAAGCAAUCGUAUCAAAUACUCCUCGCACUAUAAAGGACAUACUGCCUAUUAUGAUGACAACAAUAAUUCGUAACCUCGCGAGUCAUAGCUCGGAAAGACGACAAGUUGCUGCUCGUACACUUGGUGAACUUGUGCGAAAACUUGGCGAUAAUAUCUUAUCGGAAAUAAUACCAAUUCUAGAAGGAGGACUCGAAUCUUCAGAUCCAGACACGCGCCAGGGUGUAUGUGUGGGUCUUAGUGAAACCAUGAGUACCGCUAGUAAAAUACAAGUCAUUGAAUAUACAGAUUCCUUUGUUCCGGCAGUCAGAAAAGCGUUGGUUGACGAAUCAGGCGAAGUGCGUGAAGCUGCAGCACAAGCAUUUGACAUUCUACAUCAACAUGUCGGACAAAAGGCUAUUGAUGAAAUCAUCCCAACAUUAUUAAAUUCUUUAAAAUCAGGCAAAAAUUCAGAUUAUGCUUUGGAAGCAUUUAAGGAACUGAUGGCUGUUCGCGCUAAUGUCGUUUUCCCAGUACUAAUACCCACCCUCAUCGCUGUUCCAAUUGAUGCAUUCAAUGCACGUGCAUUAUCAACUCUUGUCUCCGUAGCUGGUCCUACACUGAAUAAAAGGUUAACAAGCAUACUCACCGCGCUUAUGACUUCGAUUAAUCUUACAAAAGAUGAGACUAUCAAAGAGGCGUUAAGAGAAACCGAACGGACAUUAAUUCUCUCGAUUGAUAACGCCGAAGGUCUGCAAACACUAAUGAUGAUGCUCUUUGAAACGGUCAAGAGUGAAGAGCCCUCAAAGAGAUUCGGCGCAUGUGAGAUUAUAACAAUGUUCUUUAUGGAAAAUAGGAUGGAUGUUUCUCGAUAUGUCCCUGAAUGGAUACGUGUACUUAUUUCUUUGUUGGAUGAUCGUGUUCAUGAAGUAGUGAAAUCUGCUUGGAAUGCUUUGAAUGCUGUCACAAAAUCCUUGAAGAAAGAUGAACUAGAGCCAUUAAUCAUACCUGUGCGUCGUGCUGUAAAGGCUGUUGGUGUACCAGGAGUCAAUCUUCCAGGCUUCUGUUUGCCAAAGGGAAUUAGCCCUAUUCUACCAAUAUUUAUUCAAGGACUUCAAUAUGGUACACCGGAGAUUCGUGAGCAAUCUGCAUUAGGGAUGGGUGAUAUAAUUCAACGAACCUCUCCUGAGGCACUUCAAUCUUUUGCUGCCCAAAUGGCCGGGCCAUUGAUCCGUAUUGUUAGUGAUCGAUAUCCUUCUAAUGUGAAAGCAGCAAUAUUACAAACCUUAAGCCUCCUCCUUAAUAAAAUUCCUUUAGCUCUAAAACCGUUCAUACCGCAACUACAACGUGCCUUUAUAAAAUCUCUUGCUGAUACAUCCAGUUCAUUAGUACGAUCGCGCGCUGCUUCUGCAUUGGGCAUCCUCAUUUCAUUACAGAGUCGAGUGGAUCCACUUAUAUCCGAGUUAGUGACUGGUGUCACAAAAAGCGAACCAGAUGUCCGUGAGACAAUGUUAGAUGCUUUGGAAAGCGUUAUCAGUAAAGCUGGAGAAUUAAUGAGUGAAAAUUCAAAGAAAAAUGUUACUACUAUUGUUGUUGACUCUUUAAGUGAAAAUACAGAGAGAGUGAUUGUUGCAGCUGCUCGUGUGUUAGGUACAUUGUGUAAAAAUUUGAGACCAGAUGAGGCAGAAAGUAUAAUCAAAGACCACGUAUUACGUGAUGCUCCUGCUUCGUAUGGUGCCCUGUUAGCUAUUAAUGCCAUUCUUGCAGAAUCUCCGACAACAUUCGAAGAUUUAGGGUUAACAGAUAAUUUGGUCGAUAUAAUUAUUAAUAGUACAAAAAGUAACCAGCCCGUGAUAUCAGAUACCGCAAUACUCGCGGCUGGCAAGAUGCUUCUCACCACACUAUAUCAGAACGAAGAAAUUAUUGAUCGUCUAGUCGAAGCACUAAUAAAUGAUGUUAAAGAACCGCCUACUUCUGUUGCAGACACAAAAAGGCUUGCGUUGACCGUUUUCCGUGCAUUUGCCAGAAAGCAUUCUGCAAUACUGGAAAAGUAUCUUCCAAUAGUUGUUCCACCUUUGCUCAUAUCUGCGCGAGAUAGAAAUACUUCAGUUAAGUUGGUCGCUGAACAAGCAUUGGUUUAUGCUUUGCAACUCUUGGACGGUGAAGCUGUUUUACAGGAAUAUCUAUCGACCACCGAUGCUCAAACCAAUAAAAAUAUAAACGAAUUCGCGCGGCAUAAUUUGGCAAAAGUUAUUGCCCAAGAAAAGGAAAUAUUGGAGCAGUCACGUGCUAACCAUGCCGUUGGCUUCGGUGAACGGCUGGUUGAUGAAGAUUCCGAGAUAUGGGAAGUGGGUAACAUGGCUACGGCUGUAUUUGACGACGAAUGA